ACUUUUCGUCUCUUGGAGUUUUCUCGACUUUCAACGGAUGUUUCUGUUCAUAAAACAUGAUUGAGACAAGUGAAUCGGUGCCAGGGCUGCUCGGUCUACUCUAUGAGAGCUACAAUGGAAGGAAAAUAUCCUCCCUGUCGACGUUUGGCAUCAACCUAGAGGUCCUAAACAUCGAGUCAAACCUAAUAAAAGUCCUGAAUUGCGUCUACUCUGAGAUUGCAGAGCUUUCUGGUCUGGACUACCAACAGCUGAAGAGUCUGGAAGAGGCAAAAGGGUUUGCCAAAUCAAUGGGCUACAUUAACGAGUGCACAAGCAACGGGCAACUCUUGGAAGAAUCCCUGAUCGAACUAGCAUCUACUCGCAUCAAACAUGGCAAGAAGAUUACAAAAAAUCUCCAGAUAGAGGAGGAUGAACCCCUCGACACUUUUAUCGCAAAUAAUUUAAGGAAUCACGGUCUAAACAGUAUGGAAGAGCUGGAACAGAUUACUGAGGAAUCAGCGCCGCUAAACAAUCUCAAAUUUGACAAGCAACAGGCACAGACAAUGAGAUCAGCUUCUCUGGAACUAGAGAGGGACUAUCUCUCGCGCUGGAAUGCGUACCUGGACAGAUUCUACAACCUCCUCGACGUUUUUUCAAGUAAAUCACCAGAGUCUGAAUCCGACAAGGAUGCGUUUGCAAAGACCCUUGUUAAAUGGAGAGAAUCUGCCAAGUUUAAACCAUACGGCCUGUACGAUGCCUAUACCGCGAAACUGAGUCUCAAGGACCUGGAGCGCAUUUCCUCGGGAAACGACGCCAGUGUUAUGAAAUUGUACAACGAACAGACGGCGUAAUGACAAGCAUGCAGGUGACAUACGGUGAAUACGCGG